AUGCUGUGCGCAAUCUCCGGCGAAGCCCCGCAGGUCCCUGUUGCGUCCAAGAAGAGCGGAAACGUCUUCGAGAAGCGUCUGAUCGAGACAUACCUCGCCGAGCACGGUACCGACCCCGUCAACGGCGAGGAGCUCACUGCAGACGACCUUGUCGAGCUCAAGACCCAGCGCGUCGUCCGCCCGCGCCCGCCGACUCUCACGUCCAUUCCCUCCCUCCUUGCUACCUUCCAGAACGAAUGGGAUGCCGUCGCCCUCGAGACCUAUCAGCUCAAGCAACACCUUGCGCAAACUCGGCAGGAGCUCAGCACUGCCCUCUACCAACACGAUGCUGCCGUUAGGGUCAUUGCGCGGCUAACGCGCGAGAGGGACGAGGCUCGCAACGCUCUCUCCCGCAUCAGCGUGAGUGCGGGUGGCGCGCCCGGCGGAGAUGCCAUGCAGGUGGAUAGCGCCGGCCUCCCUGAUACGGUCGUGGCGAAGAUUGAUGAGACACACCAACAACUGUCCGCCACGCGGAGAAAGCGCCCCGUUCCUGACGGCUGGGCUACGUCGGAGACCAUUCAAUCGUUCGACACCACGCACGAGACGGAGCCCCUAUAUCCCGGCGGCAAGACGCUUGCUCUCGACAAGAGCGGCGACCUCGCUCUUACUGGAGGGAAGGAUGGCGUCGCUAGCGUGUUCUCCCUGUCACAGAACCAGGUGGUUCAUGCGCUGAAAGCUGGCGGCAGCAUCACAGCUGGCGCCUGGUACAACGACAAGCCAAUUGUUGCCACAUCUACGGGGGCAGUCAAGGUGUUUGAGGGGGACGCGGAGGUUGCUCAGAUUGGGUCCCAUGCGGGAGCAGCAACAUCUCUUUCGAUCCACCCUUGUGGCGACAUCCUCGCUUCGACCGGCGUGGACAAGAGCUACAUCCUCUAUGACUUGGGCAGCAACAAGCAACUCACGCAGGUCUUCACGGAUGCCGAGCUUCUUUGCGGAGCAUUUCACCCCGACGGUCACUUGUUUGCUGGAGGUGGUCGGGAUGGCCAGAUUAAGGUAUUCGAUGUCAAGACUGGGGAGAGUAUGGCGACAUUCGAUGUAGGCGGCGCUCUUCAGACAAUUGCCUUCUCUGAGAAUGGCACGUGGCUGGCGGCCGCGGCGCAGGGCCAGACGACGGUUCAGAUCUGGGAUCUGCGGAAGGCGGCAAGCAUCCAGGCGCUGGACAUCGGCAGCACGGUGCAGAGCGUGCAGUGGGAUUACACGGGCCAGUUCCUUGUUGCAGCAGGAUCGGGCAGCGUUGCGGUGCAGCACUACGCAAAGUCGACCAAGAGCUGGUCGGAGCCGUUCAGGAAAGCAAUCUCGGGGGCGGCGGUGCAGUGGGGAGCGUCGGCGCAGUCAGUCGUGACGCUGACGGCCGAGGGAGGACUGUUGGUGCUGGGCUCAGCUUGA